GCUUCGUAAGAAAACAUUAACGUGUACUUAGUUGCAAACGUUGCUUAUAUAACAAUUAUUGAUUUAGAAAUUAUUAUUAUUUUAAUAUAUAAUUAAUAGUGAUGUAAAAUAUAAUUUUAACUAAGUAAUAAUUUAAGUAUUUAUUGAUAAUUAUUAUUAUUGAAUCAGCCAUGGUGACCUUCAAAGUUUUAUUUUGCCUAUUUGUGCUCUCUGAGUGCCAAAAUUUGUUUACUUCCGCACGAUCUCGUAACAUGCGACGAUGCUUCGAUUGCGUUUCAGUGAAAUCGUGUGAAUCAGCCGUUAAAUUUGCUACCAUGCUACACCAAGGAUCUCUGCCUGAAGAACAAAGAGAAACGUUUUAUAAAGCCGUGUGUGGUUACGAUGCAUACGAACCUAAUGUACCAAAGGUGUGCUGCUCGGACUUUCCCAUGAUAAAAACAGCGGCAAUGCACCCACGAAUGAAUCGAGGAAGUAGUGAAGAAACUAACCUCGAGGAUUCCAUUGAAACACAUCCUAAUGUCGAUCUGCUGCCAAGCAUCUGCGGAGGCAUUGACGGAAGACGCAUUAUCAAUGGUCACGUCGCUAAGUUGUACGAGUUCCCCUGGAUGGCUCUCAUCGCUUAUAACACAAGUAUAGGUACGCAGUUCCAUUGCGGUGGGAGCGUUAUCAACUCAAGAUAUAUUCUGACAGCUGCUCACUGCACUAUCAAUGUAUAUACUGGUGAAUUUAAGAAAAUAGCUGGCGUACGAAUUGGGGAGAUAGAUUAUAAUACAGAUUUUGACUGUCAAGGAAGCUACCCGGAUAGAAUUUGUGAAUCUAAGAUUCAGGAUAUGUACGUGGAAAAAAUAAUACCCCAUGAAAAUUUCUUUGCACAACAACCAAAGGCAGAUAUUGCGCUUCUUCGCCUUGCUGAUCCAAUUACUAUGUACAAAAAUGCGGCUCCAAUAUGCCUGCCAGUGUACAGUGAGCUACGUAACGUAAACCUCACGGGCCUUAACGGAACUGUGGCUGGCUGGGGAGCUACUGAGAAGGAAACACAAUCCACUAUACUACUGAAGGUCCAAGUUCCAAUUAACACUGAUGGUGCCUGCGCCCAUGACAAUAAUAACGGAAUACUGUGCGCUGGUGAAGAAUUGAAGGACUCUUGCGAGGGUGACUCGGGAGGUCCUCUUAUGGUAGAGUCGGACUUCAAUGGUUCUAUACGGCAGGUUCAAUACGGCAUCGUUUCUCGAGGUCCCCGGACGUGUGGAUCAGAAAACCCUGGAGUUUAUACAGAUGUAUCGAAGUAUAUGGAUUGGAUAUUAGACAAUAUUAGGAAAUAGUUUUGUACUACUCCUAGCACAGUCUUUCCUGACUAGUUGGAGGGGAAUGGGAAUAAUGGUCAUAUUAAAAAAAAAUUAAAAGAUGAAAAUAGAUAUAACAAAUAUUCUUAAAAAAUAGUUAAUAAUAAGAAUAAGAAUAAGAAUAAGAAUAAGAA